UUAAUUAUUUGUCCAGUAUUGUACAUUGUUCUAAGAUCAUAAUCCACCAUGAAAUUAAAAUAUUUGGUAUAAAAUUGAAAAAAAUCUGAAUCACGGCAUUUGUAUUUUCAAAACUGAGAAGAUGAAGCUUAAUUUUUUUUUGUUUGCCGUUGCGAUCUGCAUUUAUAGUGUUCAAUCUCACGCCGUACCAGGGUCUUCAGAAAUUUCUCCAGAAUCUGCUCAAGCUCUUGUGGAUUUCGUAAACAAGGUCCUCGAAGAAUCUAAAAACCCAGAACACGUAAAGAAAACGGUUAUUACAGAAACUCUAACUCUAUCAAAUAAACUUGAAUUGACUCAUUCAGAGCGUAGCCUAAUCUUAGAUUUGAAGAAAUUGGUAGCACUCUUCGUUAAUGGAUUGGGAUCUGUGAUUAAGCUUUUAUUGCCCCCUGGUCAGGAUAUCUUCGAUGUCAUCGCUGAAGGUUUACAGAAAGUUGUAAGGUGGUUUGUUCACGACAACGAACCAUUGCUAGACCUCUUAGACAAACUCAUCGUUGCUGGAGAAAAUAUAGCGAGGGUAGCAAUUGAAAGUGCGUUACGCAUUCUUCUAGGAGAACCUAUAGAACUUGGAAAAUGAACUAGCGCGUUAGACAGCCUUAUAGGACCUCUGCAUCAUAACCAAUGAUAAUCUGAAUCUUGGUUAAUAUUAUUGUAUUCACUGUUUUCUUGCUAUGUUAAAAUUAUAUGCGUUUAAUAAAUGUUCUUAUGUCUAAUAA